GCUCCGCCCCCCAGCUCAGCAUUUCCCUCCCUGACACAGGAGCCUGGACCUGCUCCGCCCUGUGAGAUGCAGACAUGGUGCCCCUGCUGCUGCUGCCCCUGCUGUGGGGGGGGUCCUUGCAGCAGCCACGGUAUUGGCUCCGAGUGCAGGAAUCCGUGACGGUGCAGGAGGGUCUGUGCGUCCACGUGCCCUGCUCCUUCCCCUACCCAUGGAGUUCGUGGUCUUACUCUGGUAAACUCUACACCUACUGGUACCGGAAAGGGGACCAUGUAUACUAUGAUGAUCCUGUGGCCACCAACAACCGCAAUAUACAAGUGGAUACAGAGACCAGGAACCGAUUCCUCCUUGCGGACCCCUCAUUCAACAACUGUUCCCUGAGAAUCAGAGACGCCAGGAUGAGGGACGCAGGAACCUACUUCUUCCAAGUGGAGAAGGGAUCUCAAGGGAAAUACAGUUACCAAAAUAUGCUGAAUUUGCAGGUGACAGCCCUGACAGAGAAACCCAACAUCCACAUUCCGGAGCCUCUGGGGUCUGGCCGCCCCACACAGCUGACCUGCAGCCUGCCGGGGUCCUGUGAAGGGGGACGACCCCUCACCUUCUCCUGGGCGGGAGCCGCUGUUGACUCGCGGAACCUGCAGACCUCCCGCUCCGGGAUGCUCACCUUUACCCCGAGGCCCCAGGACCAUGGCACCAACCUCACCUGCCAGGUGAAACUCCAAGGAUCUUUGGUGACCACGCAGAGAACCAUCCAGCUCAAUGUCUCCUAUGCUCCUCUUUUGACGAUCAGCUUUUUCCAGGGAAACUCCACAGGCCUGAAGACCCUGAGCAACCACACAUCACUGCCCGUCCCGGAGGGCCAGUCCCUGCGCCUGGUCUGUGUGGCUGACAGCAACCCCCCUGCCGUGCUGAGUUGGUCCCGGGAGAGAAAAGCCUUGAGCCUCUCCCAGCCCUCAGCUCCCGGGGUCCUGGAGCUGCCCCACGUGAGGCCUGCAGACGCAGGGGAGUUCACCUGCUGGGCUCAGCACCCUCUGGGCCCCCAGCAUGUGUCCUUCAGGGUCUCUGUGCAGAGAAGCCCCCAUUCCUGCAGCUGUGAGACUGAGGAGCAGCAGGGCUCCUGGCCCCUGGUCAUCACCCUGGUCAGAGGAGCCCUCAUGGGGGCUGGUUUCCUCCUCACCUAUGGCCUCACCUGGCUCUACUACACCAGGUAUGGAGGCCCCCAGAGAACACGGCCGAGUUCCUGACUGCUUCUCCCUCUUGCCCAGGAGGGACUGAGGUGUGGACCCAGAGUUCAGAGGGGCAGUUGUGGGACAGCAAUGUCACCUCCCCCGAAACUCUCGACUCUCCUGUCUCGAUUGGAUCCCUGGGAUUGUAAUUUGUGGAAGUGACUGAGUGACCACAAGGAGCGUCAAUGCCAUCAAAGAAGAUUUAUAUGACUUCUAUUUCCUACGAGGGUCUCCUCACCCCAGCCAUGCCAGCGGGGCCCCGGGGAAGCACUAGGUCCCCCAGGAAGCAGACACAGGUGCAGGGGAAGCCAAGCCAGAGCCUUUAUUGGGGUUUCCACGGGAAAUACAAGGCGGGGCAGAAUGAGCCCUUUAGGAUCAGCUAGUGUGUCUACCUCUGGGGGAGCUGGGCCUGUGGGCGUGGUCUCUAUUUGUCGGGUCCCAGGUCCUGGGGGAUUUCGGGCAGGUUGGGGUGUCUGGAUGGUGCUCAGGAUGGCUUGGGGGGCCUCUGAAAGUCUGUUCCUGGCACAGUUCUUUGCUGUCUCUGAGAACUGGCAACCCCGGAGGGGCUGUGUCUCCUAGGCCUCAGCCCCACAAGGUACAGAAGAUAAACGACAAGUAACGCACACCCACCGACCGGCCCCUUGUGCUGCCUGUGCCUCUCCCAUUGGACUUGUUCUCUCUCUGUGUGUCGGUCGGGCCCUCAUCCCCAACCCUCUGCUCCUCUCUCUCCAUCCUCAGGCCCUGGAAGGGACUGAAUUUGGGGCCUAUCCUCCCGUUGUCCCGAAGUUGCCUGGUUCACACCUGAGUUUCGGGUCUCCCACACGGCCCCAUCGGUGUAGUCGUCCGUACACAGUACAUUUAGGAGUACAGCUCUUUCCCCGUUGAAAGACACCUACCUUGUAGCGAUUACUAUAGAAUAUCCUAAUGUUUAAUUAUAAGUAAAAAUCUUAUCAAGUAAUAGUGAGGUCACUAUGUAGUGUCGGUGGGAGUUUCUGGAGCCCAAGUAUGGGAUCCUGAGACUGGCUGUGGUUAAGGGGGUGGUUGGGGGCCAAGCCUGGAAUGAAUGUGAGCCGUGAAUUCAGUCCUCUCCUCUAGCGGGUGUCACCGAGUAUAGCUCCAAAGUGUACAGAGCAGAAUCCAAGUUUGUUUUAGCUCCUGAAGGACCACCAACGCCGCCCCUUUUCCUGAGCGCUAGUGUGUCUCAGAUGUCUGAGUCGGGAGAGAAUGGUCUUAGUUUUGGUUUUCUAUCCAGAAUUUAAAUGACCCUUGCUGAGAAGAUGAAUGAAAGAGUUAAUGAGAAGCCUUUUGAAAUAGUAAUGCAGCCUGGUUGGUGUGGCUCAGUGGUUGAGUGUCGACCCAUGCCUCAAGAGGUCACAGGUUCUAUUCCCGGUCAGGGCACAUGGGCAGGUUGUGGGCCU